AAACUUCUUGCGCACGCUCGAGGGCAUGCGUAGUGCAGAGGCUGAGGCGCCAGCUGUCGCUUUGGAAGUUCCGGGAAGAGAGCGCAUGCGUGAGGGUACGCGUUGCCGGCAAAGAGGGGAGCCUGACGACUCGGAAAUUUGAAUACCACAGUAGCAUGGAGUGUGACCUCAUGGAGACUGACAUCUUGGAGUCGUUGGAAGACCUCGGUUACAAGGGCCCAUUGUUGGAUGAUGGCGCUCUGUCCCAGGCGGUCUCUGCUGGAGCCAGUUCCCCUGAGUUUACCAAACUCUGUGCUUGGCUGGUGUCUGAAUUACGAGUGCUCUGUAAACUGGAGGAAAAUGUGCAAGCAACGAAUAGUCCAAGUGAAGCUGAAGAAUUCCAGCUUGAGGUGAGUGGGCUGCUAGGGGAGAUGAACUGCCCGUAUCUUUCACUGACAUCUGGGGAUGUGACCAAGCGCCUUCUCGUGCAGAAGAACUGCCUCCUUUUGCUCACAUACCUCAUCUCAGAACUAGAAGCUGCCAGAAUGCUCUGUGUGAAUGCUCCUCCAAAAAAAGCUCAAGAAGGAGGCGGUAGUGAGGUCUUUCAAGAGUUGAAAGGCAUAUGUAUUGCUCUAGGAAUGUCCAAACCUCCAGCCAAUAUAACUAUGUUCCAAUUCUUCAGCGGGAUUGAAAAAAAAUUAAAGGAAACAUUAGCAAAAGUUCCACCUAAUCACGUGGGAAAGCCUUUGCUGAAGAAGCCAAUGGGGCCAGCCCACUGGGAAAAAAUAGAAGCAAUUAACCAAGCCAUAGCCAAUGAGUAUGAAGUCCGAAGAAAGCUGCUGAUCAAACGUUUGGAUGUCACUGUGCAGUCCUUUGGCUGGUCUGACAGAGCUAAGAGUCAGACAGAAAAACUAGCCAAGGUUUACCAGCCAAAGCGUUCAGUCCUGUCCCCUAAAAGUACAAUUUCUGUUGCACAUCUUUUGGCUGCAAGACAAGAUUUGUCGAAGAUUUUAAGGACAAGCAGUGGCUCCAUUAGAGAAAAGACAGCCUGUGCCAUCAAUAAGGUGUUGAUGGGCAGGGUGCCAGACAGAGGAGGUAGACCCAACGAAAUUGAGCCCCCACCUCCAGAGAUGCCGCCGUGGCAGAAAAGGCAAGAUGGCCCUCAGCAGCAAGCGGGAGGCCGAGGAGGAGGGCGAGGUGGUUAUGAACACUCCUCCUACGGAGGACGAGGUGGUCACGAACAAGGAGGAGGGCGAGGUGGACGUGGUGGAUACGACCAUGGUGGCCGAGGGGGAGGAAGAGGAAAUAAACACCAAGGAGGUUGGACUGAUGGAGGGAGUGGAGGAGGAGGAGGUAGCUACCAAGAUGGUGGCUACCGUGAUUCAGGCUUCCAGCCAGGUGGCUAUCACGGUGGCCACAGUGGUGGCUAUCAAGGUGGGGGUUAUGGUGGCUUCCAAGCAUCUUCAUAUACAGGAAGUGGAUACCAGGGUGGUGGAUACCAGCAGGACAAUAGAUACCAAGAUGGUGGGCAUCAUGGUGAUCGAGGUGGAGGUCGUGGGGGCCGAGGUGGCCGUGGAGGCCGAGGUGGUCGUGGAGGCCAAGGAGGGGGUUGGGGAGGAAGAGGAGGUCAGACGUAUCACCAAGGGGGUCAGUUUGAGCAGCACUUCCAGCACGGAGGUUACCAGUAUAACCAUUCUGGAUUUGGACAGGGAAGACACUACACUAGUUGAAACUACAGAAACUUACAUGUUGCUUAGAGCUCAAGUAAUAGAAACUUAGUUCCAGAAUUCUGAAUCCAGCACCUGUUCGGAAUCAAUGAAAGACUAUAGGUGGCAGGCAUUCCUGCUUGGCAUAAGCAUUUGUGUAAGUCUUCAUUCUAUUCUGGUGUUUUUUGUUUUUUGGUUUUUUUGGGGGGUUGUUUGU